GUGGAACGAAGGAUUGAUUCUCUCUGUUAAUUUUGUGAAGCAGAGAGGGGGGCGAGAGAGUGAAGCAAAGCAGAGGAGGAAGAAGCAGUCAUGGAGUGGCUUAAGGCUGGAAGAAGCGGCGGAAGCCUUCUGGAAGGGCUGUACAGACUCCUCAUGCGGCGCAACUCUGUCUAUGUCACCUUCGUCGUCGCCGGAGCCUUCCUCGGCGAAUGGGCUGUGGACAAGGGAGUGCGGAAGCUCUGGGAAUACAACAAUGUCGGGAAACGAUACGAAGACAUUCCAGUUCUGGGAGCAAGGCAAUCAGAAUCAGAAGAAUGAGCUAUGGCGGAACCAUAUAUAUGUAUUUUAAUAACAAACUAACAAUUGCAUCUGUUGUUCGCUUGGUACUCAUGAAUGGAAGAUGUCAUUUACACAAAUCUUAUUUAUAAGCAUAUAUACGUUUGUGUGUGUGUGUGUGU